GCCUUGAUUUACUAUCGCUCUUUUGAGUCAAGCAGAGCUGGUUUCUGCACUUUUAGUCCCUAUACUUCUGAAGCUGCACCAAUAAUCAAUCCUCCCAGCAAUUACAUAUCGCUUGUCAAAAAUUUUCCUCCAAAAUAUUUUAAAUGGACCGAAACACGUAAUUAUCAUAAACUACGUGCAUUGGUUAAAUAUGAAUCAUCUAUAAGAACGGCAUACAAAGAUGGUUUAGUAGAUGACUCUGUCAUGAAUAGCCUCGAUGCUCUAAAUUCUCGAGAGAAACUAAAGAAACGGACGACUUCUAAUGUUAAGAUUGGUGACAUUAAUAAUGAUAUUGGGUAUUUUGGCACAAUAUCAAUUGGUGGUCAAAGUUUUAAUGUAAUUCUUGAUACCGGUUCAGCAGAUCUAUGGGUUCCUUCUUCAGGUUGUUCAUCUUCUGCCUGUUUAAAUCAUACAAAGUUUAAUCAAGUAAAAUCAUCAAGUUUUCAAUCUUUGAGCACACCUUUUUCAAUCAAAUAUGGCACUGGUUCAGUUUCUGGAACUUCUUGUACAGACAAUGUAGUUAUUUCAGGCAUAACUGUUAAAAAUCAAGUUUUUGGCAUCACAACAACUGAAUCUAAUGAAUUCACAGGCUCUCAAUUCGAUGGCAUCAUGGGUUUGGCUUUUGACAAUCUUAGUUCACAAGGAGCCUCAACACCAUUCUCUAGCAUGGUCCAGCAAAAGGUUGUCACUCAGCCAAUAUUUGCAUUUCGUUUAUCUAGAGCGGCAGAUCAUGAUACAGGUAUUAUUACUUUAGGUGGUGUUGAUAUCAAUUCAUUUACUGGAACAAUUAAUUUUGUUAAUGUGGUUGAGCGUACUGGAUUCUGGGAGAUUCCCAUGAAUGAUGCUUCGGUUGAUGGCAAUUCUCUUGGUUUCAAAAAUAGGAGUGCGAUUAUUGAUACUGGUACUACAUUGUUAAUUGCACCACCAGCUGAUGUAGAUGCUAUUCACAGAAAAAUUCCUGGAUCUGUGUUAUUACAAGAGGGAGAAUACGCUGUUCCAUGUGAUACAAAGACUAAAGUAGCUUUAAAGUUUAAUGGUGUUAGCUAUAGUAUUGAUUCAAGAGAUAUAGCUCGUGAUCUUGUUUCGGCCAUAAAAAAUCUUUGCUUAUCUGGGAUUAGUCCUGGUGUCGUGGGUACAAAUAAUCAAUGGCUUGUGGGUGAUGUCUUCCUUAAAAAUGUUUAUUCAGUAUUUGAUUUGGGUACGCGUUCUGUUGGAUUUGCACUACCUCGUUAA